AAAAAAUCUGGGACCGCAUCUCCUCGGCUCGCACUCGCAGCUUGCCGACCUGCAGUCGCUAUGAAGCCCAAGACAGUCGCAAAAGCAGUGUCGGGCCCGCGUUCCGGACCAAAGGCGCUGGCAGCCAAGGCCGCCCACUCGAAGGUGCAGAAGAAAUCGCCGCACAAGCCGCGCCCAAAGCACGAGCCCAAACCCAAUCGCAAUGUCGAGCCCGACCACGGCAGCAAGAUCAGCACCAGCGAUGAUGCCGACGAAGACGCUGACGAUGUUACUGAUGCGGCAGCUGAUGCCGGUGAAGAUGUCGAUGCCGAGGACGGAGCUAGAACGGCUCCGGCGGCGCCAGAAAAUGGUCUCCCCGUCCGCAGAAAGAAGGGCAAAGUGUUUGCCGACCAGAGCAAAAUGCUGGAGCUCAUCGACUCGAUCAACUCAAAGGAGGAGCAGUCGACACAGAAGAAGGUCGAGAGAGUGAACGCCAUCAACUUGAAGGUCCGGGAACGGGAGAAGAAAAUCCAGGAGCGCAAGAGCCUGAAGCGCCAAAAAAUUGAACAAGUCAAGGCCGAGAUUCUGUCGCGGAAGAAAAAGCCCAGCAGCAAGCCCGAGGCUCCUGCAGAAGUACCGAAGGACCAGAAGCCCAAGAAGACGGUCAAGUUCCAAUAGCGAGCCUCCGCAGCCUGUUCUUUGCAUACCAGUAUUCCUCCACGGAUGAUGCGCCUGUUGACUGUCUCCCCGGCAUUUGCUUGUUCAGGUGAACAGAAUUGUUGUGCGUGAUUGGGUCUCGGUCGCAUUUUCGACGAAUCGAUCGGGAGGGGGUGCUUGUCCCCCAUCCCACUGUCGCUUCUCAUGCAUUCUCUGCGCGAGCCAGACGCAAACUCUCUUGACCGGCGAGCUGCUGUUUGCGUGCGUUUCCAGGAAAGACUCUCUCUCCAGAUCAGUCAUAGCGAAAACAAAAGGCGAGCCUCGCUCAGAACCCUGUCCCUUUGUUUGCCCAAUAGGCCCAUGCUAGCACAAACACAGGAGAGAGAUGACUGGAGGGAGUU